AUGAAGGGACAAUCUAUGGAUAUUUGUAUGGACUGCAAGGUAGCGUCGGUCACCCAGACCGUUCGCAAGCGGGAACUCUGUCAACAGUGCUUUAUUCUGUUUAUAGGAUCGAAAGUUGUGAAGCGCAUUGAGAAAUAUCGCCCACAAAAUGCCCCCAAGGAUAGACAAAGAAAACUCCUAUUGCCUCUAUCAUUUGGUGUUUCUUCCUCUUCAUUGCUCCAUAUCCUGAAUCUUCAACUUGAGCGGCAAAUUUCAAACGGUAUAGGACGUCGUGCCUACGAUAUUCACGUCUUGAACGUUGCGGUUUAUGGGCAGCCUGACAGCGGCAGGCUUGAUUUAUUUCGCGAAACGUAUCCUCUCCAUACAUAUUCUCAAGUCCCCUUACAUUCGAUCUUUCAAUAUGACACAGCUAUAAAGGACGUAAUAUCAGAAUACGGAUGUCCGGAAUUCGUGGGCGAUCCGUCAAUGACCGACGCAGAACUCCUAAACCUCUUCCUGUCGUCUCCUUCGUCGGCGACUUCACGAACAGACAUCGGCGCCAUUAUAUUUACAAGACUUGUCGUUGCCUUUGCAAAAGAACACAAUUGCGAUGGAAUUUUAUGGGGGGAUUCUGAUAGCCGGCUUGCUUCCAAGGCUCUGUCAAAUGUCGCCAAAGGCCGUGGCUUUUCCGCGUCUUGUGAUGUCUGCGACGGUAUGUCUCCGUGGGGCAUCCAAUUCAAUUUCCCCCUGCGAGAUUUGUUCAAGUUUGAAUUAUCCACAUAUGCCUCCGUGGCACUUCCAAAAUCACUUAUCGUGGCAGACCCUGAACGUCUCUCGAUGGAUAAUUUAACUAAUAAGAACAUGUCUAUCGAGAAUCUUCUUGCCCACUACGUCGAGACGCAAGGCGAGAAGUAUCCUGGCAUUAUGGCCAACAUUGUUCGUACAAUCGAUAAACUUAAUGUUCCACCCGGUGAUGCUGGCUCAAAGUGCAUUUUAUGUAGCAUGCCGGUUGAUAACAGUGGAGAGGACCCUGCAAACCCUGUGGGAACGGAGUGUUCUCAGUAUGUGUUGAAGGAUCACCGUGAGCUACCUAUUACCGGUACGCUUUGCUAUGGUUGCGCGAGGUCGCGUUUGGAUAUUUCCAGUCCGAAAUUUGCUCCAUCUUAA